UGCGCUUGGCGCCCCCCCCUAGCUGCAUUUCGGCCCUGGACUGCUGGUGCCCCCCGCCACGUCUUGAAGCGGGGAACAGCGAAGAGGGUUAUACUUUUCGCGGGGUCUGGCCGCAUUGGGCAUCUCCUGCUGACUGUUUCGCUCAUUAAUUUUAUUUAUGCAGGAUUGGGCCAGCCUCCUGGUGACGCUUCUCUCGACAUGCCGGAACUUGGAGCAACUUUCGUCCCUGGGGGUUAUGAUGACUACUACAUGCCCGAGGUCGUCGCCCCGGCCCCUCAGAGGGUAAUGCCCGAGGUGCCCCAGAACAUGCAGGAAGAUAUACAACGCAUGGAACUCGAAGCUCGCGAAACUGAACCCAACCGAAACGGCAACGCGACAACACGCAGCAACCCAGACGGACAGUCCAAGUCCUUCAAACCCUUCCCCGAGUCCAGGGCGUCCGACUCCACAGCCAUGGACGCGCCGUCGUUCUCGCCCUUCCCAAAGGUCAAGGGCGAAAACAUACCACCCAGCGACGAGGAGAAAGAGCAGAUCCUUUGGCAGGCGCGGAACUUGGUGCUCCACUCCAACAAUGUAUCCAUGCAAGUGACCUGGGCUCGUGACGCCCUCAUCUGGGUCGAGAUCGCCCAAGAUGCCCAGGCCAGAGAUUGGAAGCGAGACGGCAAGGACAAGGAGCGGCCGGCGACGCCCAAGACCCAGCACGAGCUGCGGGUGGAUGCGGUGAACAUUCUCGACUACCUGGCCCAGCAGGAUCACCCCGAGGCCACCUUCAUGAAAGGGAAAUGGCUCGAGUUUGGCAAGUUCGGGUUCCGCGAGAACAAACGGGAGGCGUACUCGAUGUACAAGAAGGCCGCGGAGAACGGAUACGGACGGGCUGAGUACAGAAUGGGCAUGCUGUACGAGAACUCUAACGACAUCCCGAAUGCCAUCAAGCACUACUCGCGCGGCGUACAGAUGGGUGACUCGGCAUCCAACUAUCGACUGGGCAUGAUGCACCUUAUGGGGCAGCAUGGACACCAGAAAGACUUCCUCCUCGGGCUCGAGAUGAUCCAGCAUGCGGCCGACACGGCGGAUGAGGACGCCCCUCAGGGUGCUUACGUUUACGGCAUGCUCAUCGCGCGGGAGCUGCCUGACAUCGACCUGCCCGAGCACAUUCUUCCAUGCGAUCUGGCCGUUGCCCGGCAAUACAUUGAGAAGGCGGCCUAUCUCAGCUUUGCCAAGGCGCAGCUGAAGAUGGGACAGGCAUACGAGCUCAGCCAACUGGGGUGCGAUUUCAAUCCAGCUUACUCCCUCCACUACUACGGGCUCGCCGCUCGCCAAGGCCAGGCCGAGGCGUCGCUGGGCGUGAGUCGCUGGUUCCUCUUCGGGUACGAAGACCUGUUCCCCAAGAACGAGCAGUUGGCUUUCAAGUACGCUCAGGACGCGGCCCUGGCCGGCCUCGCAACGGGCGAGUUCGCAAUGGGUUACUACCACGAGAUCGGCAUCCAUGUCCCCAAAGACGUCCGGGAGGCGCGUAAGUGGUAUGAGCUAGCGGCGGAGCACGGAAACAAGGACGCCAAGGAUCGCUUGGACUCGCUGAGCCAGUCUAAGACACUGACCAAAGCGGAUCACGAGACGACGACGCUCACUCGCAUCAAGUCGCAGCACGGCUCGCAACGUGGCAAGAGGCCGGCCCGGUUCACGAAGCCAAACGACGUCAUGCCGACUGUGAGCGAGGGGGAGCAGAACGUCCCUGCUGGUAUGUUUUCAGCUUAUCAAGAAGCAGCGGUAGCUGACAACACUGCAGGAGGGAUCGACUUCCCUGAUCCAUCGCCCAGGCCACCCGCCUUCACAGUGAACAUCGACAGCAAUCUCGCGAUGCGGCCCAAGUCUGCGGCGCCUUAUCCUCUUGAAGACCAGCCACAGCCGCUCAAUGUCAGGCCAAUAUCUACCGCGCCGUAUCCCGAGGACGAUAUGCGGGGCCCACGUCCAAACGCCGGGGCUCGUCUCCCGGUCGGUGCCGGCCCACAUGCAGACCGUCCCGGUAGUGCCUUCGGCAUCCGACCGCUGUCGUCCAAUGGCGGGCUGCAACCUGGCGUUGGUCGUGGCCGUCCUGGUUCCAGUCAAGGUGCGGCGGGCGGCUGGGACCCGCAGGUUCCCGGGAACUACAGAAAGCCGAGCCCGGGGCCGGGAGGCCAGUGGCAGCAGCCAGCCCCACCGCAACACGACCCGCGGUAUGGAACCCCGAGCGGCGGGCCCGGCAUUGUCCCCGCCGGAACCAUGCCUGGCGGCGAUCCUAGCCGGAACCGAUUACAGAAACCCAACCCCGGGAUUCAGCCAACCCCUCAGGGUCCCCCACCAGGCCAGUACGGUGGAUACCCUCAAGGACCGGGAGGCGGCCGCGGAGCGAGCAAUCGCCCUGUCAGUGACGCCUACGGGCCAGGCGGAUAUGACCGGCAUGGCCCCGCCGCUGCGGGCGCCGGUGGCCGACCGCCCAUCGCAUCAGCAGCGAGCAGCCCGAACAUGCGUCCUCCGUCCAGUGGCCGGCCCGUCUCGCACAUGGACAUCGGCCCUCCUGGGCGUUCAAGCGCGCCUCCGGCUCAGAAUGCCCGGCCGAGUCCUGGCCCGGCUGCGGCCGUGCAAGCACAACAACGGCCCGGUGGGAAACCAGCGCCGGCUGGAAACCUCGUUCAUCCCGAUGGUAAGACUAUGGGUCAGGGGCCUGCUACCUUCGAGGAGAUGGGGAUUCCGCAAGGGAAGACCGAGGGCGAUUGCGUGGUCAUGUAACGGCAACCUCUCAACGUCGCCGGAUUGGGUCAAUCAGUCUGCGCCGGACGGUUUUCUACCUCAGCCGACGAAGAACAAGGUAAAACGGUGUCUUCGUUU